AUGUCGCACAAGCUACAUGAGACCUACAAUGCUGCGCGGCCAGUUCCGAAAGUCGCUCUUAAGAGUAUCUUAGACCCACACGGCGCGACAGAAACGAAGGCUAAACACCUGCGAGGUAAGGACGGGAAAGAAGAGAAGGAGAGAAAUGAAACCGAGAAGUCGACAAAUCAAAUGGAGAAAGGCAGAGAGGUCGUGGUCAAGGACCCGGUCACUGGGGAAGAGACGACGGUCAAACACGGAGGUGAGGAAGGGGACGAAAAGGAUGUACGAAGCAAAGGAAAGAAUGUGUUAAACAUGGAUUAUCCUCCACCUGACUGGUCAGCACAUAGGGCCUACGUGCUAGAGCUCACACGAGCGUCCAUUGUCAAAAUCAUGGCCGGUUACAUCUGCUUCCCAUUUGCGCUGUACUUCAUAACUGGUCUUCCUCUCAUUUCACGGAUACGCUUUCAAUCGCAUCCCUACGUCAACCUAGGAAUUUUCCUCAUCUUCUCUCUCGUCCCACCAUCACUAUUCGCAUACACGCUCUUGUUUGCGCUCUGCAGAAAGUCCGCAGAAGACUUCGAUGAUCGCGUUUGGGACGCCGAGCGAGCUCGCGGACUUGCCGCUGGGGAGGACAAAGAUGGAGACGGAGUGGUCGGAACGGACGAACGUGUCAAGGAGAGUGUUGAGUGGCUAAACACUGUUUUGAGGGGUAUCUGGCCUAUAAUCAAUCCGGAUAUGUUUAAUUCUGGUAUCGACAUGCUAGAAGAUAUUAUGCAAGCUAGCUCUCCAAAGUUCACUCAUUCUGUACGAGUCGCAGACCUAGGUCAAGGCUUGAAUCCGUUACGAAUAACUUCUAUUCGUUCUCUUCCAGACGUGGAAACGGACGAAGCACUCCAGGACCUUGACGAUGAUAUCAGGAAGAACCUUUCCAGGGAACACGUCAAUCUUGAAGUAUCAUUCGCAUAUCGUGCUCUACCAAGUGGUGCGACGGCCAGCAGUAAGGCACAUAAUGCACAUCUUCUCGUUGAUUUUUUUCUUGGCGUGAGCGGCGCGUACGAGUUCAACUUCCCUGUAUGGGUUGAGUUGACGGGUGUAUCUGGAACUGCAAGAGCAAGGCUUGAACUCAUCCCAGAUCCACCGUUCAUUAAGACUGCACUCGUCACGCUCAUGGGACUGCCGCGAAUAUCAAUCAAAGUGGUACCGAUGUCGAAGUCGCUGCCGAAUGUUAUGAACAUUCCAGUCUUGUCUUCGUUCAUUUCAAAGUCCAUCGAUGCGGCUUGUGCGGAGUAUGUAGCUCCACGUAGUCUAGCGCUGGACUUGCAGCAACUCAUCAGUGGAGAUGAUAUAAAGAAAGAUACGGAAUCAAUUGGCGUCAUUGUGGUCCAUAUUCACCGUGCGAAAGAUUUGAAGAAGAUGGAUUCAAGGAACUCGUCAGACACGGAAUCUUCAGAUCCAUACGUUACUGUCGUUUAUUCUCGUCAAGGGAGGCCUUUGUAUAGCACACGCAUCAUAUUCGCGGAUUUGAACCCCUGCUUUGAGGAGACUGCUGUUGUGACGGUUGAUGCAAAUGCAAUCAAGAUUCGAGAGAAGCUCUGUCUGCAACUCUGGGAUUCCGAUCGGGCCAGUGCGGACGACAUGAUGGGCUUCGUAGAAAUUGACAUCCUUGAACUGAUGCGAAACAAGAACACGCCAACUCGUCGAGUGUGUUUUCUCACGAGCCCUGAUUCCGAGAGUCGGUCUGGCCAUCUAGAGUUUACAGUUGGCUACUACACGAAAAUGUGGCCUGAUGAAAAACUCAAGACUGACGGAUCUGACCCCGCUAUACCUGAGGACCUCAAGAAACAUGACCCAGAGUUCCAGGAAGCCCGUGCAGUGGCAUUGAACGACCUUGAAGCCGCCGUGCUUAGGACUCCACCCAGCCCUGAGUGGCCGUCGGGAAUCUUGAGCGUCCAGGUACAUGAAAUUCGAGACCUUAAGAUUCGAAUGGAGGGAAGGGAGACGAAUGUAUUUGGUGGAGGAAGAGGUGAGGGUGCAAAAGGACAGGACGAUGAUGGUGAAGAGCAAGAGGAGGGUAGUAAUUUGCCAUCCUCCUAUUGCACUAUUUCCGUCAAUGAUAACUUCGUCUAUUCGACUCGUGUUAAGCCCAUCACGUCGACUCCGAUAUUUAAUGCUGGCACUGAGAGGUUCGUUCGGGACUGGCGCUGUGCACACGUUAGCGUCACAGUCAGGGACUCAAGGAUGCGGGAGAACGAUCCGAUUCUUGGUAUCGUGUGGCUAAAGCUGUCCGACCUCCUUGCAAACGCGUCUGAGGUGACUCGAUUUUUCCCAAUUGAAAAUGGUAUCGGAUACGGCUCGGUACGUGUCUCGGUGUUAUUCAGGCCAGUCCAGGUGAAGCUUCCGCCAAAUCUGUUGGGCUUUGAUGCAGGGACGCUGGUCAUUCGCAAACUUCGUGCAAAACCAAUUGGAGAAAAUACAGAGAGCCUUCUUUCUACUUUGCUUUCUUGCGAAGUCAAGCUAAAGGCAUCCAUGUCUACUAGCAAAGCUUCGAAGAAGGACGCAGAACGUGAAGACGAUGGGAGUGUCGUUUGGAAGGAGGAUCCUCCGAUGGAAAUUCCUGUGCAACAGCGUUACGGUUCAGCCCUGGUCAUCAAGUUCAAGGAGUCUACCGCACUCAAGUCGAGCAAACUGGGCAUGGCUGUACUCUGGCUCCGUGAUGUUGUUGACGACGAGGACAACGUCAUCGACGUAGCGCUCUUCAAAGCAGGAAACUACGACCGCCUCAAGCAGAAUUACAUCCCACCCGAUGGGAACUUGGGUGCCUGGGAAACGAGUAGGGACGAGUUGACGCGGAUUGGGACUGUGCAACUGGAAUUGACGAUUAACCCUGGGAUUGGGACUGCGCAUCGGAAGACUAUGAAUACGUCUGAGCCAUCACAGAAACGUCUAUGGGAGGAAGUUGAUCGGCGUGAUAGUGUUGGUUUGCAAGAACAAGUGGGAUAUUACGAGGAUGGGAAAGCCGUAUCCGGACAGAAUACCGAAGUCAGUCAAGAGGAGGUUCAUGACGAGACGCAGGAAAAUGACGAACAGGAAAAUGGAGUCGACGGAGUCAACAAGAGUGCGGACGGUUCCGCUGAUGAGGAAAGCGAUGGAGACGAGAACAAGGGUCUCAUGCACAAGUUAAAGGAAUGGAAGAAGCACGAAAAGGAAUUGCAUCAGCAACAUCGAGGUAUAAUGCAGAGAAAGCCAGCUCGGACUGCCGAGUGGCUGAAGAACAACGUCGAGGAGACAGGUCAGAAAGUCAAGAAUCGGUUCAAGAUGAAGUCUCGUCAGCCGGACGUCGAGACCGAAGUUUAA